GGCCUGGCCGCGAGCCCCGCAACCCAAUCCGUCCGCCAUGGCUCUGUCGGUGCACGCCGCCGCCGUCGCCGUCGCCGCCCCGCGUCUCCUCCCCCCUACCCCGCUCCACCGCUCUGCUCCCGGUACGGCGCCUCCUCCCCUCCCCCUCCUCCGCGCCUUCGCCUCCCUCCGCUCCGGCCCCAGCUCCUCCCGGUGGACGCGGCGGGCGAGCGUGCGGGUGCGCGCGGGUGCCGGCGGCGGAGGCGGGCGGAGGAGGGAGUCCCCGUACGAGGUGCUCGGCGUGGCGCCGUCCGCCGCGCCCGCGGAGAUCAAGCGCGCGUACCGGCGGCUCGCGCUCAAGUAUCACCCGGACGUCAACAAGGAGGCGAAUGCUCAGGAGAAGUUUCUGAGGAUCAAGCACGCCUACAACACGCUGAUGAACUCGGAGAGCCGAUCCAAGUACGCGAGCAGCAGCAGCAGCCCUGAUUCUUGGUGGUCUCCCGGGAGCAGCAAGCCAGCUGACGCAGAAGAGGAUUUCUAUGGGUUUGGGGAUUUCCUUAAAGACCUGCAAACAGAAUUUCAGAACUGGGAGGCUGGCCUGAACUCAGAGCAGAAACCUAAAAGCUUGUGGGAAGAACUGUCAGCUAUUGGCGAGGAGUUUGUGGAGUUCCUGGAGAACGAACUGAACAUCGACGGCUCGGGCACCGAGGAAGACGAUGGGAACGAUCCGUACACGCAGUUUGGAGGGAAAGGCGGAAAUGCUCAGGGUGACAAGAAGGGAACAAGCAGCUCCGACGAUGGCGUGUCGGACAUAGAGUCCGUCCUUGAGCAGCUGAAGAAGGAGCUCGGGCUCAGCUGAACUGUUGCCUGUUGACAACACACAACGAUGGCAACUGCAGCCACCGUGAUUGGUACCAGCCCGAUGUUCAUAUGGAGGUCCCCUGUUCUCCCGGAUCGGUGGCGGUAAUGGUAGGUACUACUAGAUGCUGUACUUUAGCUGGUAUAGCUUUCCGGUGGGACGACGGAUCGAGCGUUUUGCAGAAUGUUUUUGUUCCUCGUUCGUAGGGCUGCAGUUUGUUCUGGAAAGAGAAGAGAAGGCGUGUGCUUCCUUCUAGUAGUACAGUUUUACUUGAAUUUUGGGGUGAAAGGAACUGAAAGCCCGGUAACUGCAGUAGGUGGCAUUCCUGCGGCUCGAUUUCGACGGAAUCAUGGAUGAAGGGACAUAAUCACACCGAAAGAAGCAGCGGUUCCAUUUUUC